CCUCCUUCGCUGGCCGGCAGUCCGGCGUUCUCCGACAUCUCCCUCAUCCGGAUCUCGCCCCACCGGAACCCCUCCGUGGGGGCCGAGUCGCCCUUUAACCCACCGCACCCCUACAUCAACCCCUACAUGGACUACAUCAGGUCACUUCACUCCAGUCCCUCACUCUCUAUGAUUUCUGCAGCCAGGGGCCUCAGCCCUGCAGACGGUAAGUCCCCACAAACCCUAUUCCCUAUAUAGUGCACUAAAGUAGUGCUCUAUAUAGGAGCCCUGGUCAAAAGUAGUGCAAUAAAUAGGGAAUAGGUUAUUACUUGGGACGCAGAAACACACAACCCUCUCAUGAGUCCCCAUACAAUCAAGUAUUAUUUUAAGGCACACAAAGUCCUGCAAUAUGAAGUUGAAUAAGAUUAAUGUACUACAUACUCUUCUGUAAUCUAUCUUUCACUUGACCGUAAAUCCCAGAGCUAGCUAGCUGUAGUAAAUACAAUGCAGUUGUGCUGUACCACACAGACGUGGGCCCCCAGAGUCUCUAAGGGCCCUCAGUCCCCGUUUUGAAGAAUAAUAGUGUACUUUCUUGUUGAUCAAUAUGUUCAGCUAGUACAGUAAGAGUGUUCAGUUAUGAUCUCUUUAGAUUUGAUCCCUAUUAUGAGGUGCUUCAUGACAGAGGUGACCUCAUUCAUUUAUUUUAACUGUGUGUGUCUGUGCGUGCUUGUGUGCAUGUGUCUGUUUGGCACGUGCACAUGUGACUUUCUUUUAGUGUGUGUGCAUUGUGCAGUGUGUGUGUGUGUGACUCUGUCUGUGUAUGUGUGACUGCACAUGUGUAUGUCUGCACCUCUGCGUGCGUGAGUGUGUGUGCGUAGGGAGGCUCGUUUGAGGGAGGUUAUUCUUUGAUCUGUGGAUCAUGUCAGUGGACCUCUGGAGGAUGCAUCAUGGAGUCACGUACAGUACAGACAGACAGACAGAUGGACGUAGAGGGAGGCUCGGGUUCAAGGCCAGGGUCGGUGGCGGAGGAGUGGAGGGUGGAGGACCAGGGAGGGGAGGGUUAAAGCGGGGGCAUAUGGGCUGCAUCCCAAAUGGCGCCCUAUUCCCUAUGUAGUGCUCUACUCUGGUCAAAAGUAGUGCACUAUAAAGGGAAAAAGGGUGCCAUUGGGGACGCGUCCACAGUGUCCUGCAGGUUCCUGUGAUGGAGACAGACUGGGUAAUCAAUUACAAUGGGUCUGGAGAUACAGUCAAGUGUGUGUGCUGCUUUUAAAGAGCCUCAGCACUGCUGCUCUGCUCCGGCCUCCUGGCCUGGACCUUUAAUUGAAGCCUAGAGCUCAAUUACUGAAUAAGGCCAGCCUUCCCCACCGCUCCCAGGGGCAGUUUGUAAUCACAGCUAGAUUGAGCUUUGGCUGGCUGGUUUCCAUUCUGCUCGAGUUGAGGUGAUUGUAUUUGAGGUAGUUUAACAGAAUUAUACGACCGCAUUGUUAUGACAUUGUUAUUAUACUAAACUAAACACAAAUAUUUUUGUGGUGUUCAGCUCAGGUGGUUUGGUAACUGUCAAGGGAACAGUCACCUAUAACUACAUUGUUGCUGUAGCUCUGAUAGUGUGUGUCCCAAAUGGCACCCUAUUCCCUAUAUAGUGAGUAUACAGUAAGACUCGGGUCAAAAGUAAUGCACUACAUAUGGAAAAGGCUGCUAUUUGAGACACAGACAGGGUCUCCAACUAAGGCCCUCAGUUCACCUCUGAACUAGAGGUCCUAUUAGAGCCGUACUGGUCUCCUACCUUGUCCUCAAGUGCCUUUGUGAAGAGGUGGAUAGAAGGGGGCACUUCCUCUAUGCAGGAACUCAGAGCCUCUUCUCCUCCUCGUCUCCCGCUCCUCCCAACAUGCAUUGCUCUCUGUGCCUUAGGUCUAAUUCAAGUGUCCACUUCCUAUCUUUUUAGUCCUCGGUUCUCUUUUACAAAGGAAAUUCUCUACUAGCGUUGCUUUACAUCAAAAUGCUUUCUGUGCUACAUCAACCUAUUAUAGUAUGUGCUAAAGUGUGAAAUGAGGCAAGUAAUUACUCUUUUAAUCAAUCAAAUAGUUAAUUAACCUAUCAGCCUUUAUGUUGUUAGUAUAUCAUUGUGCUUAUAGGUUUUUCCUUUUUCAGUCUGCACAGAUUUUUGAAUAAUGAUGUUUUAAUUAGUAGAAUUGGAUGGAGACUUGAAGUGGGUGAGAUUUAGUACCACCUCCUAUCUCUCAUUCUUUUUCAUCUACAGUAUACCUCCCUUGUGUUCUCACUCUCUCUGGCUCUACCUCUCUCUUUCUCUGCCUCCCCCAUCACUCUCUCUUACCCUUUCAUUCCUCUUCUUCUCUGGUGUGGUUCAGUCGUAUACUGCUUGCCUCUCUUAUCCCAUUGUUGUUCUGAAGGAGGGCCCUGUGGCCCCACCAACCACCAACUCCUGAGGCACAUUGAGCUGCUUCUCCUCCACGUGAAGUGCCACACUGAAUGUCCCCCCCCCACCCCCCUUGCCCCCAGGAUGGCGCUACCCAUGCCAGGAUUUCUGAUUUAAAAAUUCCGCAAAGCCCUUUCUUCACACGAAUAGAGAAUGAGGCACAUUACGGUUGAAUGCAGAAGCAAAGCUAAAGCGGAACAACGAAGACAAUUAAGAAACUCCCCCCUCCACUUAAGACAUAAUACCCAAAUCGAAUUAAUUUGGGAAUUUCUUCUUCCAUUCACUGAACCAAUCAGCGAUGCAUAUUGCCAGGCAUACAGGCCGGCCUUCUGAGGAGAUCUUUUCAUCCCGCGUUUAUUUAUUUAUUUCUUCUCUCCUUUCUUUAAAAUGGGAAGAAAAACAGCGGAAUUAGCCGUAACACUUUGUGGGGCUGAACUGAUUUCAUAUUUGCAUCCCAAACCACAGUGUCAGUCUUUAAUUCUCUCUCUUCUCUCCCCCUCUUUCUUUAUUUUUCUUGGUUGGGAUAUUUGCAUAUGGAAGCACGAUGCCAGAUGUUUAUUUUUAGGAUACGGUUCAAGAACUUAUAGCACUCUAUAACUAAGGGAAGAGAUUGGAAGGAGAGGCAUAUUCAGAGGGGGAGAGAGGGAGAGAGCGAGGGAGAUGGAGAGGGGCUAGAUUCAGAACAUGUUGCUGUUUCUUUAUGCAUGCAGAUCUGGACAGAUUUGGGCCUUUUGUUUCUCAUGGAGUUUUAAGAAGCAGAGUGAAAGAGCAGGUUGGAGUAUCUGCUUCCUGCAGCCCUGCUACGCUCCAUAACACACAGCAGACACACACACAUGCACGCAUGCACACACACCCUAACCCCCCCCCUCAACACACACACACACUUACCAAUUGGCAAAACAACAUAGGAUGAGAUAUGAUAUGCAUACCUGCAAGAAUGAACAGUACAUUUAAAACCAAGACAUACAGUAGUGUAAACUCUGAGUAAGCAGCUUGAAAUCACAUUUGGGACCUAGUACACUACACUACCACUACUAUACCUCAUUAUGGGGGCGGCAGGUAGCUUAGUGGGUAAGAGCGUUGUGCCAGUAACCGAAAGGUCGCUGGUUCUAAAUCCCGAGCCGACUAGGUGAAAAAUCUGUCGAUGUGCCCUUAAGCAAGGCACUUAACCCUAAUUGCUCCUGUAAGUCGCUCUGGAUAAGAGCGUCUGCUAAAUGACUAAAAUGUUAAAUGUAAUUAUCUCACCUAACAUGUAUGUCUCCCCCUACUCCCACCCCCCCCCCCCUCUCUCCUGACUCCCCUCUCCUCUCUCUUCUCUGUAUCUCUCCUCUCUCUCUCUGUCUCUAUGUCUGUCUCUGUCUGAUCUCUUCUCUCUCGUGUCUCUCUGUCUUGCGUCUUCUUUCUCUCUCUCUUCUCUCUCUCUCUCUAUCUUCUUGCGCUCCUUCUCUCUCUCUCUGUAGCUCUCUCUCUAUCUCUGCUUCUCUCUCUCUAUCUCUCGUCUAUUUCUCUCUCUCUCUCUCGCUCUUGCGCUUCCCUCUCUCUCUCUCUCUCUCUCAUCUCUCCUCUCUCUCUCUCUUUCCUUUUCUCUCUGUCUCUCCUUCUUUCUCUUCCUAUCCUAUCUGUCCUCCCCUCACAUCCUCCCCCCUCCUCCCUCCUCCCUCCUCCCCCCUUCCUUAGCCCCUCACACAGGCCUGACCACAGCAGAGUACUACCACCAGAUGGCUCUUCUGGCAGGCCACCGUAGCCCCUACACGGACCUCCUACCCUCUGUGGCCUCCACAGCCGGAGCCACCAGCAGCGCCCUGCACAUGGAGUAUCUACAGGCCAUGGAGAGUAAGUCUGACUGUACUGGGGUUAAGACAUUGAUGCAAACUCAGUGUUUCCCCUAGGAUUUUUUCAGCAGUGGUGGCAAGGGUAACGGGUAACGGGUAAGGGUUAGCGCAAUGACAUGCAUGCUGUGUGUGAGUGUGUGUAUGUAUGUGUGUGUGUGUGUGUUUUACCAACUGAGUAUUCCAGAUAUAUUACAAUAUUACUUCCCUGCACUAUACAGCAAUCUAUUUUACAUGGAGCAAAACAACAAUCCUACCAAAUGAGGAGGGAGUAGCUAGCUAGCGAUUCUAAACUGACAUGAUUUAAAUGAGCCAUUGUCUUAAUGUGCCGGGCUCAGGCCUGCCUGUGCAGAGGGCUUAUGCAAAUGAGUUAUUUUAAAGUGUAAAUAGGAAAUUAAACGCAGACUGAAUCUUAGGGAAGGUCGGACAGCCUCACCCCUCUCCCUUUGAUGAGAAGGUACUUAGUCAGGCAGCCGCCGCUUUCAUGGAAAUCCGGGGUGAAGUCCUCCCUCAUCCUUCCCCCAAUUCCUCCGAACAAACUAAUUAAAACUAGCCAAACUUGCACGGCUAUUUGAAAAUUAAUUGCCAUUAAGUGGGAAUUGGAAUGUCCCACCAUUCAUCAUCACAGGAAGAAAUUCUUUCUUCUGUAUCAACGCUUAAGAUUAAUAGAGUGAAACAAAACAAUUAGGGCCACAGUUUCAAAUGGGAGAUGAUGCAGUGGCUAUGCUAUCUCUUCACUACUUCACAAUCGGCUGUGAUCAUUGCUGGUAAUAACUCGUUGCGUUUCAACAAUGUGUGUUCCACACGCAGGCCAGGAAAAUGAACACUUUAAAGCUCUUCCUCUGUGAUAUAUAGAUUUUAGAGGAAAAAUUGUAGCUAGCAUAGUUUCAGUCAGUCUACUUCACAUCAAUGUAAUUAGCUUAGGAAAGAGCCUAUUUAAUGGCCUAUUGUCUCAUGUUUUUAUUCUAAUUAGCUAUUUUGGGUAGCGCUAUGCUAACAUCUGUAGUUGGGCUAUAUAAUUAGCUAUCUGGCUAUUUUUCCAUCAGAAUAAUUUGUGUUUUUUAUUACCUGAGGAAAUGAUAAGCUUAAAGAUCAAAAGAUCCCAUCCCGUCCUUCCCACCAUCCCUAGACAUUUUACAUUUACAUUUUCGUCAUUUAGCAGACGCUCUUAUCCAGAGUGACUUACAAAUUGGUGCAUUCACCUUAUGAUAGCCAGUGGGACAACCACUUUACAAUAUGUUUUUUUAUUUUUGGGGGGGUGGGGUAAGGGGGGGUAGAAGGAUAAAAAAAAAAAAGUACUUUAUCCUAUCCCAGGUAUUCCUUAAAGAGGUGGGGUUUCAAGUGUCUCCGGAAGGUGGUGAGUGACUCCGCUGUCCUGGCGUCGUGAGGGAGCUUGUUCCACCAUUGGGGUGCCAGAGCAGCGAACAGUUUUGACUGGGCUGAGCGGGAACUGCGCAGAGGUAGGGGGGCCAGCAGGCCAGAGGUGGAUGAAUGCAAUGCCCUCGUUUGGGUGUAGGGACUGAUCAGAGCCUGAAGGUGCGGAGGUGCCGUUCCCCUCACAGCUCCGUAGGCAAGCACCAUGGUCUUGUAGCAGAUGCAAGCUUCAACUGGAAGCCAGUGGAGUGUGCGGAGGAGCAGGGUGACGUGAGAGAACUUGGGAAGUUUGAACACCAGACGGGCUGCGGCUUUCUGGAUGAGUUGUAGGGAUUUAAUGGCACAGGCAGGGAGCCCAGCCAACAGCGAGUUGCAGUAAUCCAGACAGGAGAAGACAAGUGCCUGGAUUAGGACCUGUGCUGCUUCCUGUGUAAGGCAGGGUCGUACUCAACAGUAUUUUAUUUCAUUCAGUCCUGUUGAGGUAGUGGACUAGUGGUUGGACAGAAUAGCUGUGUCACCUAUUUAGUUUUCAUAUUGCUGCUAGUUUAUGGUUAUGAUGAUCAUGUAAGAUACGAGAGGAGAAGAGAGGAGGAAGAAAGGAAAGGGAGAAGUGGAGUGGAGUGGAGUGGAGUUGUGCUGUGAGAGGGCCAGUCUUCUCAGGUGGCCCUAACUCAGCUGUGUGGGUUAGGAGUUUUUGUGCUUUUGGGCUCCAGGCUCCUGGAUUAUUUUCUUCUGCCACCCAUCAGUCCAGCCUGUCUGGGCCCUCCCUGUCCUGUCCGUGUUAAUUAAUGACGCUGUGCCUAAACAGUCCUGUCCAUAAAUCACAGGGAAAUUAGAGGGACACUCUUGCUACCCUGUUACUGGCCACAACGCACCCCUCUCCCUCUCUUCUACCUCUCCAUUUCCUCUCCUCCUGGUUGGCCGAUUUAUCGUUUGGCUCCCAGGGGGCCCAUCUGUGAUGGGACAGCUACCCUCCUCUACCCCAUCCCCCGUUCAUUCCCCUCUUCUAACUCUCCACAAGUGGAGGCAGUCACUCACCCGUGGACCUGGGACGUGGUUUUUAAGAGGUUUGUCACAGAGAGGUAUGGGGGCAUGGUUUGGGAGGGUGUGUCUUAGGUUGACCGGGGGGGAAGUUUGAUUGAGGAGUGUGGUUAUCGCAGGUGUUUGAGAUGCAGUGUUUGUGUGAGUACAACUGGAUUAUAGAACUGCGUCAGAUUUCAAGGAACAAAUUCCUCAUGUGGCAAACACAUUUCCAGAGAUGGAUUGUGUGUGAGAGAUUGCAUGUACAGUGCAUUCGGAAAGUAUUCAGACCCUUAUUCAGCCUUAUUCUAAAAUGGAUUAAAUAUAUAUAUUUUUUUCAUCAACCAACACAGAAUACCCCAUAAUCACAAAGCGAAAACAGGUUUUUAGAAAUGUUUGCAAAGUUAUUAGAAAUAUAAAACAGAAAUACCUUAUUUACAUAAGUAUUCAGACCCUUUGCUAUGAGACUCGAAAUUGAGCUCAGCUGCAUCCUGUUUCCAUUGAUCAUUCUUCAGAUGUUUCUACAACUUGAUUGGUGUCCACCUGCAGUAAAUUCAAUUGAUUGGACAUGAUUUGGAAAGGCACACACCUGUCUAUAUAAAGGUCCCACAGUUGACAGUGCAUGUCAGAGCAAAAACCAAGCCAUGAGGUUGAAGGAAUUGUCCGUAGAGCUCCAAGACAGGAUUGUGUCGAGGCACAGAUGUGGGGAAGGGUACAAAAAAAAUUCUGCAGCAUUGAAGGUCCCCAAGAGCACAGUGGCCUCCAUCAUUCUUAAAUGGAAGAAGUUUGGAACCACCAAGACACUUCGUAGUGCUGGCCGCCUGGCCAAACUGAGCAAUCGGGGGAGAAGGGCCUUGGUUAGGGAGUUGACCAAGAACCCAAUGGUCACUCUGACAGAGCUCCAGAGUUCCUCUGUGGAGAUGAGAGAACCUUCCAGAAGGACAACCAUCUCUGCAGCACUCCACCAAUCAGGCCUUUAUUGUAGAGUGACCAGACGGAAGCCACUCCUCAGUAAAAGGCAUGACAGCCCGCUUGGAGUUUGCCAAAAGGCACCUAAAGGACUCUCAGACCAUGAGAAACAAUAUUCUCUGGUCUGAUGAAACCAAGAUUCAACUCUUUGGCCUGAAUGCCAAGCGUCAUGUCUGGAGGAAACCUGGCACCAUCCCUACGGUGAAGCAUGGUGGUGGCAGCAUCAUGCUGUGGGGAUGUUUUUCAGCGGCAGGGACUGGGAGACUAGACAGGAUCGAGGGAAAGAUGAACGGAGCAAAGUACUUAGAGAUCCUUGAUGAAAACCUGCUCCAGAGCGCUCAGGACCUCAGACUGGGGCAAAGGUUCACCUUCCAACAGGACAACAACCCUAAGCACACAGCCAAGACAACGCAGGAGUGACUUAGGGACAAGUCUCAAUGUCCUUGAGUGGCCCAGCCAGAGCCCGGACUUGAACCCGAUUGAACAUCUCUGGAGAGACCUGAAAAUAGCUGUGCAGCAACGCUCCCCAUCCAACCUGACAGAGCUUGAGAGGAUCUGCAGAGAAGAAUGGGAGAAACUCCCCAAAUACAGGUGUGCCAAGCGUGUAGCGUCAUACCCAAGAAGACUCGAGGCUGUAAAAGGUGCUUCAACAAAGUACUGAGUAAAGGGUCUGAAUACUUAUGUAAAUGUGAUAUUUCCGUGGGCUAUUUGUCACUAAGAGCAUAUUUUUAAUAAAUUUGCAAAUCAUUUCUAAAAACCUGUUUUUUCUUUGUCAUUUUGGGUUAUUGCGUGUAGAUUGAUGAGGGGAAAAAACUAUUUAAUCCAUUUUAGAAUAAGGCUGUAACGUAACAAAAUGUGGAAAAAGUAAUGGGUCUGAAUACUGAGUGCAUGUAUGUGCGUGGGGGGAUUUGUGUGGUUGUAUGUGUGAGUGUGUGUUUGUAUGUGUGAGUGUGUGGUUGUAUGUGUGAGUGUGUGUUUGCCCCCCAACUCCCCUCUCUGAGACGUUAAAGAAAGAGAGGCAGGUUUUCUGAAGAGGCCAGAGCAGAGACAAUGUAGAGGGAUGUUCCUCCUCUCUCCUCUCUCCCUAGAGCUCCAUGCUUCAAACACAGGCCUACGUAUGCCAGGAACUCCACUACACACACCACACACACAUGCGCGCGCACACACACACAUACAACUGAUUUCCAUGUGAAUGGAAGCCUCUGUAAUCGCUGGAUGUGUCAGGCGGGAGUGAGCAUUUUGAAUUUAAGGGAGGAUGGAAAGGAUGGAGGGAGGGAGGGAGGGUUUUGUUAGCCCACGAAAAAAAGAAAAACAGCUGAAAUGUUUUUCCCGACCGAUUCUCUGAGUCACAAAGUCAUUGUGCCAGUUCUCUCACAAAGCGCAACAUCCCCCUUUUCUAUCCAUUUUCUCCUCCCUUCUUUACUUUUCCCCUCUGUCUUAUUUGUGACAUCUCCGAGUGAAAAGACAACAAAAGUAAUUUCUUAAUCUGUACAUGCGGCUCAUUGUGUGUGGAGGGAGAGAGAGAGAGAGAGAGAGAGAGAAAAGAGCUUGUGUUGUUGGCUGCUUGAUAUUUUUUCAAAGCCACUCAUAGUAAUUCCAUUCAACGUUGACUGCGUUUGAAUAAGGAGGCACAUCAGAUUUGAUUAGAUACUUGAUUGCCAUAACCCAGUCAGUAAAGUGCUCUGACAUACAAGGCACCCCUAUGUUGUCUUGUAUGAAGUUCAUCCAUUGACAAUUGCUCUUUUUCAUUCAAAUGUGCCUUUUGUUAGAAGACAUUUUGUUUGUUAAUUGGAUUGAAUAAGGUUUUUCUGCGGCAGUGAAGCUCACUCUAUGGCCCCUAUAUGUUUGUCUAUGGUUAAAUCAGAAGUAGGCUACAAUGCUAUAAAAGCAAUAAAAUCUAUGAAAAAUAAGUCAAGCCACAAAUGAACAUACAAAAACUGUAUGUUUCUGAUUAAAGACAAUAGAUAAAUCACUAUCUCUUUCACCUACUAGGUUUCUAUCCAAAGAGGUUCUGUGGACUACAACUUAUAAUGUCUCAACUGUCUGCUCUACCUCCUUCCUCUCUUCCAGGCUCCAGGUUCCCCAGCCCCAGGUUGACGGCGAGGCCCAGUAGGAAGCGGGCCCUGCCCAUCUCUCCCCUGUCGGAGCACAGCUUUGACCUGCAGACCAUGAUCCGCACCUCGCCCAACUCCCUUGUCACCAUCCUCAACAACUCCCGCUCCAGCUCCUCCGCCAGCGGCUCCUACGGACACCUCUCGGCCGGGGCCAUCAGGUAUGGGAGUAUGGUUGCAAAAUUCCAGUACCUUUCCCAAAAUUCCAAUUUAUUUCAAGACAUUCUGGUUGGAGGAUUCCAGGAUUUCCUGCUUAAAUCUUCCUGAUUGCAGGAAUAAUUUCCAAUGGGGAUUUCUGGAAAAAGUAAUGUUACGGGAUGAUAAAAAAGAUGUUGAAAAGCCCUGUGGGGAUGGAGUGGGAUGGAGGGACUGGGGCAGAGGCCAUGUUUGUGUGGGACGUUGAUCUACUGAAGGUGGGGGGAUGUAUUAGGAUGUGGUGGACCAGUGAGGUUAUUAUGUGCGUACGUGUUUCUCCUCUGCGUCCAACCUCCUGGUGGGCCUUGUCCCCCCCAUUUACCCAGCGUCCCCGGCGGCAUGUGUCAGUCAUCCACACACCCUCCCAAACACCACCCCCCUAAUACACACCGAAACGACAGAGAAAGAGAAAGAGAGAGAGGGAGAUCCAUAGUCCUACUCGUAGCCAUUGAUCAGCGAUCUGGAAGGAGAACCUGAUCAAUCACAUGCCGCUGUGGCCCCAGUGACAGGUCCAAUGAUAGGGCCAACAGACUGAUGAGUGAUAUGACAAGCAGAUGGGCCCCCAAAUGCGUCUUGGCCCAUUGAUUUCCACUCGGGGCCGGUAAUAAGAUCAGCAGAUGUAUGGGGCCGGGCUGAGAGGCUGAGAGCAGGCGUCAAGGAGGCAGGAUGAAUGGAGGCCCGCCAAGCGUGACUGCUAUUGAACCAUAGACCUGUGUUUACCUGGCGCUACCAAUGUUUAUAGAGAGAGCUUAUGCGAAGGUGGGCAAUGGGAGGUUUGGAUGUUGAUUUAAUCUAUGAUGUAAGUAAAAUAGUCAAUUAAUGGUACCCAAACUAUCUGCACUGACUCUAUCUUGCACUGACCCUACACACACUCACUAGACUAUAUAUACAAACCAUAUACACACUCACUAGACUAUAUAUACACACCAUAUACACACUCACUAGACUAUAUAUACACACCAUAUACACACUCACUAGACUAUAUAUACACACCAUAUACACACUCACUCACACACACUACAUUGACACUCCCACACAAAACCCACACACAUAACGCACACACACUCAGACCAACACAGCACAAACACACAUCCACACAUACACAUUACUCACACACGCACACUCUUACACACACUUUUACACUCAUCAUUUGCUGCUGCUACUCUGUUCUUUAUUUUAGUCUUAUUGUCUAUGCUGAUGCUUAGUCACUUUACCCUGCCUUUCUUGUACAUAUCUACCUCAAAUACCUUGUACCUCUGCACAUUGAUCUGGUACUGGUACUCCCUGUAUAUAGCUCUAUUUUAUGUUAUUCCUCUUGUGUUACUAUUUUUAUUUUUAAACUCUGCAUUGUUGGGUAGGGCUCGUAAGAAAGCAUUUCACGGUAAAGUCUACACCAGUUGUAUUCGGCGCAUGUGACAAAUACAAUUUGAUUUGAUUUAAACAUUCUCACCUCAAUGUAGAUCUAUGAGGAAGGAAGGGUCUAGGUCUUUCACAGUAGGGGAGAGCUAGCAAGCAGACAAUGCAAUGUGAAGUGACUGUUGUAGUUAUAUACUAAGUUAUAGGCAUGAUUAUACUGUUGCUAUUGUAUAUAAUUUUGCUUUAUUUCUGACAGAACCCAGUCAUUCUGUCAUUGUCUCCCGAGUGGCGCAGUGGUCUAAGGCACUGCAUCGCAGUGCUAGCUGUGCCACUAGAGAUCCUGGUUCGAAUCCAGGCUCUGUCGUAGCCGGCCGCGACCGGGAGACCCAUGGGGCGGCGCACAAUUGUCCCAGCGUCGUCCAGGGUAGGGGAGGGAAUGGCCGGCAGGGGAUGUAGCUCAGUUGGUAGAGCAUGGCGUUUGCAACGCCAGGGUUGUGGGUUCGAUAAAAUAAUGUAUGUGCUAACUGUAAGUCGCUCUGGAUAAGAGCGUCUGCUAAAUGACUAAAAUGUAAAUGUCAGUGUCAUAUAGUUUUUACAGUGGAGGGAUAAGUUAAUAUAACCAGGAUUGCAAAAUGAUAAGGUUCCCCAAAAUUUUCUCAGAUUUACUUCCCUUCAGAUUCCAAGAAUCCACCAACAGGGAUUUCUGGAAAACCUGGGAAUUUUGGGAAAGUUACCAGAAUUUUGCAACGAAGUAAUAACCGUACAUUUUUUAAAACUUUUAUUUUACCAGGCAGGUCAAUUAAGAACAAAUUAUUAUUUACAAUGACGGCCUGGCAAGGGACCACAACAGUAAUUCACAGUGCUAACAAGCUGAACAUUCAUUGGCAGGGAUUCACCUUGGGCCCCGUGGCUUCAGUGUUACCAGAGCAUCACUACUCCUGUCAGAUGAGGAGCUAGCCAGAACAAUCCAUUUAUUCACCCUCUCCCUCUCUUUCUCCCUCAUUUUGCAUCAUUGCUAUUGCAAAUGCCGCUCAAAUACAUCAGAAUGUAGUUUGUUAAUGGUACAUUAAUUGAUAACUUGCUAAAUAUUGAUCUUUUUUUUUUUGGGGGGGGGGUCUGCACAAAGCCUUGCAUGUGGGAUGUUCCACCCUUUCUCGUCUACCAAACCCUGAUUGUGAUAUUGUUUCCCUCCAGUCCGGCAUUGAGUUUCGCUUACCCUCCGAACCCUGUGGCACUUCAGAUGCACCAGCAGCUGCUUGGUCGGCAAACAGGGAUGGUGGGUUCUGCGUUCGGCCACAGUCCGCCCCUCAUCCACCCUUCCCCGGCCUUCGCAACCCAGCGGCCCGUCCCUGGCAUCCCUCCCCCUGGCCUCACACCCAGAGAGCGCUCCGUCAUCUCUAAUGAAACCUCACAGGUGAGAGACUCCUCCCUCCUCCGCGGCAGACGCCUCUGCAAUUCAUCAUCCCAGGUAAUAGAUAGAUAACACUGCCAUGUGCUAGCUGCGUCUGCGGUAGCCUAAACAGGCACAAGGCUCAGACAGGUAGAAACAGGCUCCCCUCCGUGCUCUGGCCUCAUGGGAGUUGCGGACCCCUGGAUGUGUUGUUUUGGACUGGGAAUAUUCGUUUUUUGAAUGCUCUGUUUCACAUGAAAAACAACAAGGGACUUGUUAGCAUAGGAUCCCACCACUGACACCAUUAAUCACACAGGAGGAAACAGGGAUUAAAACGGAAUAUUGACAUGGAUGGAUCCCGCAGUGUCUCUCCAUGAGGUAGUUGGUGGAUGAGAUCUCUCAUUCAAGGUAGAGAACUGACUAUGUAAACGUAUCUUCUCAAACUAUUACACAAUUCUGUCCAGCUCAUAGGAAACAAACAGAAUCAUAUACUACCUUACCGAUUUCAUAUUUCUAGUCCAAAUAGGACAAAUACAGUCUCACUGUGUCUAUAAGCAGGAUCUCAGUGGCUCGAGUGUCAAGAUGCCCCACGGUUAACGAGAAAUUACAUUCCAGAUUCCCUGAGUAAACAUUCUGAGAAGGCCAGUAGCACAGAUCCGAGCCAAGGAAUCUCUCCUGUUUUUCCAGGCCAGUUCAGUUUUCCUUGUUAAUUUAUUUUCCUGGCUCGCCUGCCUUGUAACAGGGAACUCCCCUUUGGCUCUCAGGCCAGGACCAAUCAGGCCAGAGUCGGGUCUACCAAAGGUAAGGUCAGAUAGGGAACUGCUGUAUAGAAUCAUCUUAUUCAAUGGCCUCGAAUUAAUAGAUAACAGGCUGUACUAUGCUCCCUUGUAGUUGGAUAAACUAGAUGCCUUGAACAGUAUCAUACAGGAUGUCGUCAUACAACUGCAUGUAAAUGUUAUUUUCUGCUCAACUUUUAUGGUCAUUCUAUUAUAUAGUAUGUUGAAUUAAUUUUGAAUGAAGUGAUGUUAUUGUGGUUGUUCCCACAGACCAAACCCACCAGUGAGUCAGCGGUGAGCAGCACAGGGGACCCCAUGCACCACAAACGCUCCAAGAUCAAACCGGACGAGGAGCUACCCAGCCCAGGGGCCCUAAAUUGCCAGGUAAAUGUAACUUCUCCACCAUUUAUCAUAUAGUCCGAUGAACAGGUAUGUUUAUGGUAUUCUAUGUUCAAAGAUGAGAUCAGCAGAUGAGAUGGUUUACUGCGUCGGCAGCAACAGAAUAGGAUGUGGUGCUUGUACUGUUCAAUUCUAUUCACAAAUAGAAAACACAUACACACGUGUGCACACACACACACACACAACCACACACACUCACUCAGUCACUCUAUCAGAUGUAGAGCUUUGGGGCCAAUUAUGUGAUGUAUUGUAUAACUGUUUAUUUAUUUGCCUGUUUCAUUUGGCUGCCUGUUCAAGCUGCCACCUCUGAAGCGAUAAGCCCCAUUGAUCUUGGAGGCACCAGAAGGAAAUUGUUUUCCUUUUAAUCAGAUGCUUAAGUGAAUGGAAAGAAUUAGAGAAGUUAGACUGCAGGUUUUCUAAAGGGCUCUCUGUGUGCUUGUGUCUGGAAUGAUGCCUCUAAAAGUGGCUCUGUGCGCAUACAAUGGAGGCAAGCCUGUAGAGAGAUCCACAUUCUGUGAAUGAAAGUCCUCUUCUCUCUGUUCCCCUCCUUCACACACUCUCCUAACGCCAUGGCAGGCAGGUACUAGCAGUUUUUACAAACCACAACUUAGCCUAGAGAGAAACCCCUGUACUCUCCAGGCUGCCCAGCCAUGUAAUGCUAACGGUAACAGUGAAAUACGUCUACACUAAUGGAUUCCUGAAAUACUAAUACAGGCCCCAGACCUGUCAUAGAUCAACUGCCAACCCAGAGCAGAGCUUUCAGUGCUACAUUUCCGCUCCCAGACUCACCUUCUACUCCCUGCGUGCCGAACAGGGCCACAUUGGCCAGAUUCACUCGAUUACACCGGUGGGAAAGUGUAACUAAAUCAGCCUGGUGGAUUAGGGGAGGAUAUAUUAGGGGGAGGAUAGAUUAGGGGGAGAGAACGUUUUGGUUGUGAUAUGACUGUGGACUUGAAUCAAGUGUGUUUUGAACAUAAUGUGUAAACAGUCUUUUACCUAACCAUAGUAUACAAAUAUAAAAAUCAGACCCAUAAGUUCUGAACUGACUGUAUAUACAAUAUUUAAUAUCCUGCAGAUCUCUGCACUCUUACUCAUCUCUCAUGUCUCAACGGUUAACCUCUUGGAUAACCAGGUCAAUUUAGUAAAAGACCACUUCGUCUCACCUGACAAAAUAGAGGUGAAAGGUUAAAUACUGGAUACAAACCGGUAGUCCUUUAACUGGUUGCCUGUCAGUGCAGUGUUGGGCCAUUGCUUUAACACUGUCAGUGUUGGGUCCUUGCUGUAACACUGUCAGUGUUGGGUCCUUGCUGUACAACUGUCAGUGUUGGGUCAUUGCGGUAACACUGUCAGUGUGGGGUCAUUGCUGUAACUGUGUGGUGUUUCUAUACUGUAGGACCAUCCGGAUGGGAUGACACUGGUGAAGGAGGAAGGUGACAAGGACGAGAGCAAGCAGGAGCCAGAGGUUGUGUACGAGACCAACUGCCACUGGGAGAGCUGCCACCGGGAGUUUGACACGCAGGAACAGCUAGUUCAUGUGAGUACCUACCAGGACACACUGGGGAAGUAGCCUCGAUUUGCAGGAGGCAGAACCAAUAUGACUAUGGUGUCUGGCUUCGCUAGACUCCCUCUAACUCUAUCAAGUUCAAAAGCUUUAUGGUCCAUUUAGAAUGCAGAUACUGUGCAGAUAACAGCACAAUAAAUAGGAAACAAGUUUUAGGAGUCUAUUUUAGGAGCCCUCAACAAGUCAACUGGUCCUAUAGUUCUCCUGGACAUUGGCUCCAGCCCUAACACCCUCUCUCUGGUCCAGCAGUCUCUUCUGUAUGUGCAGUGUUCAGCGUUCAGUGCAUAGUGUGCUGCAGCCUACAGGCGUUGAGUAAUGCCCCUGCCGGAUUCCAGAUUGGUUUCGGGGACGAUGGUUAAUGGGCUCAAAGGCUGCCGAGUACGUCUCUGUUGGGCUAUGGCGCUAACUGAUUUGGCCGGUACCGGCUCGACUCCAAGCCCUGCACAAUCAGGCCGUAAGCCCUUACACUCUUCUGUACCGUACUGGCUGUAAUAUACUCCCCCCUUCUGUCAUACAGCUCCUCACACCGCCCAGGAGAUGGAUGACGUUCAUCCUGUAGAGCCUGAGGGCCUAUUCUUCACCAAAAUAUUAAUGAUAUUACAGUAAUACUGUAUCUAUUACAGUAAUACUGUAUCACAAGCACUACGACGCCACUUACACUGAUGCUAUUACUGCUGCUGCUACCGCUGGUGCUGGACUGGUCUCCCCUGUGAGCUGCUCUGUUCUGCUUACCACUAGGCCCACUGAGAGGUGAGAUUUGACUUUACAUUCGUGUUUAAUACAUGAGAGCUGGAGCUGAGCUCACACAGCUCACCAUUUCAUGUGUGAGCUGUGCCAAGAUUUUCCUCUUGUAGGACAAUAAACGUGAUUCUGAUUCUGAUUCUGAUCAGCACACAUCAGAAGGAUCCCCAGCUCUCUACGGCUGUCUAUCCCGUCGUCUGACAUUGCAAUCCGCAGCCGCGGCAGUAUCCCCUAUCUAUAAUUGAUAUCCUCAGCUCAGAAUGGGCUGCCUCCCGCGUUUGAAGGGCUCUACUCAAAGGUUGAGGAUCUUGACAACUUCUUGCCCCUGUUUCCGGGGACAGGGGGAGUUUGGCUGAGAGAUGGGGGGGGGGGGGGGGGACAUUCUCAUUGUCUUUUCCCCUUACAAGCUCACGCAUUUGCUCUCUGUCAUCUUUUUUUCAUAUGAUAUUUUAUUACUUAAUUUAUAUGCCCAUGCAGAUAGGGGGAGGGACAUGCUAAUAAAACUAUUCGCCUCUAAUUCAGCAAGCAGAGAGAAAACCCUCUUAUCUCCCCACCCCUUCCUCACCCCCACCUCCCAUCAGUAAUGGGAUAAGUGCAGUAUUUGGACCACAUUGUCUCUCCUCCAAAUCCGGGGAUAUCACUUCCCCCCUUUUUUCAACUUGUCUUCUAGAAUGGCUAUUGAGAAAAAAAUCGAAUAAUAUAAUUUGCUUCCAGUCUGGCUUUGAUUGGUAGUGUGAGAUGAAGUUACCCUUUAUGUACUGCAACGUCGUUUUCAGUUCUAAUACAUUUAUGGAUUGUUGAAUUGUUUUCUAUCGAUUGUUCAUUGUCGAUAGUCUUUGAUAUUAGUGAGGUAAAAACUUUAAAUUAAACUGCUAUUUGAAACAAGUGAGGUAAAUUAUACUCUAUUUGAAGUGUUAAAAAAGUGAUGGUUACGAAGAAGAAGACGAAGAAAUCCCUUUUUAGUUUUUUGCUUGGCCUAAUUCUAGAAAUAAAAGGUUCCGUGCACCACCCUCAUUGCUUUCUACCUUGUUCAAAAGCGUCUCCAGCCUCGCUCCUGAUGCAUAUUUUUACACUCUACAAACGCCCUCGCACCAUGACGCGCUGCGCCGUUCCUUUAUCAUCCGCGUUUAAGCGCUCUCGGUGCCGCCGAUAAGAUAAACAUCGCAUCUAUGCAAUUUAGCUCACUUAUCUGGCCUUCCCACUCAGCAAAAGCGAGGCGGGUGUCAAUUUUAGGUUGCUGUAUUUAUUUCAUUCAUUUCUCCUUCUCUCUCCAUCACUUAUUUGAACUCUGCCUCUCUACAUCAACCUCCAGUACCUUUUUUGGCAUCACUAUCUUAUUUUCUAUUUCAUUUUCUCUCCUUGCCAAGGGAGCACUUUUAAAGAUAAGGCGUUGGUGCUGGAUUAUUUAAUGUCUCUGUCUGAGAUGUUUGUGGGGGUUUGAACUGGGGGGGGGGGGGGGGGGCUUUGGAGAGAUGUUACGGAGACUAAGAUGGGGGGAUACAGAAAGGGUCUCAAAUGCGGUGACCCUGAGACGGGGUGUGUGUGUGUUUGUGCGUGUGUAUGAGAUUGUGCGUGUACGUGCACACAAUCCGCAUAUGCAUGUUGAGACAGUAGCGGUCAAUUUACAUUCCCUUCCACCUUGAUACUGUGCUAUUCUGGGUCAUUUCCUUAGGUGGAGCUAUAAUGUCCUUGUUCUAAGGAGAUGGAGAUGGCGUGAUGUUAGCGUUAGCUCCCCCAGUAUUCAAGCAUGCUGUACGGCGGUGUUUGCGGCCUGGGUGCCUCCUCGGUGUUGAGGGGAGAUAAAGUUGGGCUCAGUCAGAACGCGGCCCCCUCUCCCGCCUGCUGGCACAGCCCUUUAAUUGGUAAAAUGCAGAUUAUUUUUUGAUCAGGAGAAGGAUUAGGCACCUUAUCUGUCUGGAGUAUCUUACUCCAAGAUGAAAAGGCUGUGCUGAAUUACACAUUCAAAUUCUAACCCCCCUCGCUCCUUCACUCCCUCACUCUCCCCCUCCCUCCUUCCCUCCACCUCCCUCCCUCCUUCCCUUCAUCUCCCUCCCUCCUUCCCUCCAUCUCCAUCCCUCCCUCCCUCCCUCUCUCCCUCCCUCCUUCCCUCCAUCUCCCUCCUUCCCUUCCCUAUUUGUCCCUCUUUUUUUUCUUUACACAAAGCGCUUCAGCAAUUGACAUCACAAAAGAGCAUAUGAUUUAUUAGGCUCUGUUUGAUAAAGCUAAACGGUGUUGCGGGUCCCACAGCUUAGUGAAAUUGCCCUUGUAAACAGGCCUUCUUUUCAUGCAUUCUAAUGUAUGAGGUGUAUAUACCAGAAAGAGCUUGAUAAGGAGACACUGUUGAUGGAUUUUGAAGUCGGGGGAAAAUUGAGGAAAGUAGCUAAGUGUUGAAGGGAUUCUGUGUAUCUGGUGUCAGUGUGUUUAUGUGCAUGUGUAGCUAAAAGAUGUGUGUGUAAAUCCAUAAAAUUACAUUUAGUCUGAAAGUAGAAAUCUAAAAACCAUUUCCUUUAGUAUAUGUAGUAGCUACAUGUCCUAUACAAAUAGUUCACGUCAAAUUGUGUGUGUUUGUAUAUCAGUGUGUUAUACACUGUAUUAUUGGUAUGUCAGUCUAUACCUGUAAGCAAAUGUGUACUGUAGGGUGUGUGUGUGUGUUUGCAUGCCUGUGAAUGUGUAUGCACUCUGUGCUCAUCCCAGCCAGCGCAUGUGUCUCCCUCCGCCUGUCUCCCUCCUAAAUCCAUCUCGGUGGCGUUUUUACAGUGUGUUGGCCGAUAAACUGGCAGGGUGAAAAUGAAAAACUAGCUAGCAUGCCGCCACCACCGCUAUCAGCACCUGUUUGUCCAUUACGCCAGGGCCAACACUGCCUAACCAUACGCUCAGCAUGGAGAUUAUUGAUUCAUUACAAAUUGCCAUUAGAUCAUGACCAUUAGUGUCGUCUCCUCUCUGUCAGAACGGGGCCCCAUGCAUCACGACCGUCAGCGGCCCCUGGUCAUUUGUACGGGCUGGCGGGAGGGACGAGGGGGGACAGGGGAGUGUGUGCCAACAGCACAGCAACACCGGGGCGCUCCUAUCACUCUCAGCCAGGGGAUAUCGAACGGCGCGUGGUGCAGACUGAUCGCUUGCCACAGGAAUUCCCUCACAGAGACGGAGGGGGAAAAAAGGAGGAGAGGUUUUCCGUGUUGUGAUGGGGAAGGGAAGAUCAGUCUGAGGGAAACGAACAUCCACGGCCCUCGAUCUUACCUCCCCAAUUGUUUCCUCUCUGAAAGAAACCAUUUUUUGUCACUCCAAAAUUAAAACGUGUCAGGUUGAAUUGAAUGGAGGGCCUUUGUUGAUACAUAAAUUCAAUUGGAGACAGAACUUAACGAUUGCAUUGGCUAACAUAUUGAUGUAGUUGUGAGAGCAGGGCAGGGCAGGAAAGUGCACUUGGCUGGCGAAGAGAUGCCGGUUGUAGUGCACUUCUUUUGUCAUAGGGGCGGUGUAGGACACUCAUGGCUCCCACUGCAUAUGGGGUUAGUUAAGUGCAAUUGUUCUGAGACUUGAGGGCCCAUGGGGGCCUUUCUCUUGAAGUAAGGUCAGACUUCAUAGGGUGCUGUCUAUUUGGGGGUACAUCCCCUCCUCUGAUGGCAACAAAGGGCUGUGACGGUGCCCUGGUCAGGGCCCCACUGGCCUGUGUGUUGGGUUACUAACUGGCCAGGGGGAGGGGCUCCUGGCUGGGGAUAAUGCUGCCUUUGUCUGGGGACCGUCAUGUCUGGAGGUGCACGGCCAGUGACACACUAGCAGUUCAAACAGUCAUGCAGGCACACACACACACACAGGCAGGCAGACAGGCACACACACACAGACACACACUUUUCUUGGGGCGGCAGGUAGCCUCGAGGUUAGAGCGUUCGGCCAGUAACCGAAAGGUUGCUGGUUUAAAUACCGGAGCUGUUAAGGUGAAAAAUCUGUCACUGUGCCCUAAUUGCUCCAGGGGCGCUGUGCAAUGGUGACCCUGGCUGUGACCCCACUCCCUGUAGGUGUCUCAGGGGGAGUUGGGAUAUGCAAGAAACACAUUUCCACUACACACUUGUGUGUAACAGGACAAAUAUAAAUUAUUAUUAUUAUUCUAUUUCCCUCUCAAUUCCUCUUCUCUCCUGCUCUUCCCCUCCACUGUUUGGUUUGUUAAAGUCUGCUACAAGGAAAUAUAGAGAUACUCUAACAACAGUUUGUUUCUCCCAGACAUUUAAGACCUCUCAAAGUCAAGUCUCUAUCUUUCUUUCCCGUUCCCCUCUCUCUCUCUCUCUCUCUCUCUCUCUCUCUCUCUCUCUCUCUCUCUCUCUCUCUCUCUCUCUCUCUCUCUCUCUCUCUCUCCGUUUUCCCCCUAAGGCAAAUGUCUCUCUCCCCCCUCUCUGUUCAGGAAUGUAAUAAGACAGGUUCCUUUUGUUCAGGAUAUUGUGUCUGUCUCCUUGGGUUUAAAUUGCUCUCGGAAAGGCCCUUCAGAGGCCACCACACUACACUGUUGUCUUUGUGAGAGGGCCAGAUGUUGACUUCUUCCCCGAGGAUUCCAUCUCUGUCUGCCUUUUUUUCCCUUCUCUUUUUCUUUACGGCUCUCUCAUCCUGCCUCAAACAACCACUGCCACCACUUACCCCUUUUACUGGUCAGUGUGUAAGACAGAGAGAGUUGGAGAGAGAGAGGGAGUGAGAGUGACAGAGAGAAAGCAGGGGAGAAUCGGUGCUCACUAGAUACUGUAUAAUGCUUCGCUGGAGUUGUAAAGCCAUGGAAUUUGAAACGCUUUCCUCCCUCACCUCCCUCACCUCCCUCACCUCCCUCUCCCCCGUCCCUCCCCUCCUCCUGCCCCCUUAAGCCUCAGAUUGGAAGUUGUCACGGCAGCACAACUGUCAGCAGGAGCCCCAUGUGAUGUGAAGUGACAGGGUUUUAUUUGAAAAGCCUGUUCAUAUCGGACACUGAGACUCACAAGUCUCCCCUUUAUUCCUCAGAAAAUACGAAUGAAAGAAAAGGAAAUGGAGAGAAAGAAUAUGAAAGAAUGGUAACGGUAGAGAGAGCGGGAAAAUUAGUGGUAAAACAAUGAUGGAUGAAUCAAUUGAAUCCUAAUCCAGAUUAACCUUUGACCUCUGCUUGUUUUUUCUUUCAGCACAUCAACAACGACCACAUCCACGGGGAGAAGAAGGAGUUUGUGUGUCGCUGGGACGAGUGUUCGCGGGAGCAGAAACCCUUCAAGGCCCAGUACAUGCUGGUGGUCCACAUGCGCAGGCACACCGGGGAGAAACCACACAGAUGCACCGUAAGACCACUCCCACAACACUAGAGCCCUGCAUGGGCAUGACUUUGAAGCCCGAGCCCUACCCAUGCCCGCGACGUUCAAGCCGUACCCUCCCCAGGCCCGAUUGCUUCUGCCAAAUCAGAAAUCACUUCCACCGUUAGUAAAUCCAUUAGCUGCUCCUAUCUGUCACUCGCUCCCUGGACGCUGCUCGCUCUGCAUGCGCUCUGCUCAUGUCGCUUUGAGUCUGUGAGUAUCCAUAGCAAUGGCUCCAAUUGGGCUGCUCUGCUCAAUGAAGAGACAUGAAAGAGCAGUUACUUUUCACUCUAGACUAAUUUCUCCUGUCUUAUAUUUGACGAGGUUAAAGCCAUGUAAUGAUCUUAGUCAGAUAUGACUGUGCUGCGCAGCAGAGCACGGGCAAAUGGCUCAGCUUCAAAAUGUUAGUGAUCAAUUUAGUGAUACCCGAGCCCUGCCUGUACCCUAGUUAUUGAUGAAAAAACAGGCCCUACCCGUCCCCUAACCCGAUGUAUAAUGUUGGGCCCCGUCGGAUGUAAACGUUUACUUUACAUCCGUGGGCUUAGAUAUAGGAAUACAUAAAGAGAUAGUCGUUGUUAGAUGGUUGUGUGAUGAUGGUGCAUCCUUACAUUUAAUCAACAAUCUGUCACAUUACUGCAUAGGUCAGUUAUAUUUCUGGGGUAAUUGUUGUCUCCCAGGAUGACGCAGAGCUGUGUUUGAUUCUUUUUCUUCUUCUUCUGUGCAGUUUGAGGGCUGUCCCAAGGCCUACUCUCGCCUGGAGAACCUGAAGACCCACCUGCGCUCCCACACUGGAGAAAAGCCGUACGUCUGUGAACACGAGGGCUGCAACAAGGCCUUCUCCAAUGCCUCAGACAGAGCCAAGCACCAGAACCGCACACAUUCCAACGAGGUACAAACACACAUGUUCACUCACGUGCGCACACGCACACAGUACAUGUAUGCACUCACGCAAGCGCAGGGAAAUACGCGCGUGCGCACAAACACAAACAACACACACACUCACACACAGACACAGCUCAGCAACAGGUCAUUUCCCUACACCACUGAAUGUCUGUGAGCAUGCUGUCCAUUGCUGGAGGCCUUUAGCAGCAGGUAGCCUAGCGGUUAAGAACUUUGGGCCAGUAACUGAAAGGUCGCUGGUUAGAAUCCCUGAGCUGACUAGGUGAUAAAUCAGUCAAUGUGCCCUUGAGCAAGGCACUUAACCCUAAUUGCUCCUGUAAGUAGCUAUGGAUAAGAGCGUCUGCUAAAUGACUAAAAUGUAAAAAUGUAGAAACAGAAGCGUCCCCAUCUACUCCUUCCAGAACAUAGAAUUAAAUAGAACAGUAUACUAAUAUAAUGUUCUAUACUAAUAAAAUAAUACAAUAUAAUGUAUAUGUAUGUUCCAGAAACCCUACGUGUGUAAGAUCCCUGGCUGCACCAAGCGCUACACAGACCCCAGCUCCCUACGCAAGCACGUCAAGACCGUGCACGGGCCCGAGGCGCACGUUACCAAGAAGCAGCGCGGCGACACCUACCCACGACCCCCGCCCCGGGAGGGGGGCAAUGGACAGGGCCUGUCGCCAGGGCAGCUGGGGGGGUACGCAGACCAAAGGGAGUACAACCACUCUACCUCGAAACAGGACGAAUGUCUGCAGGUCAAAUCCAUCAAGACAGAGAAACCCAUGGUGAGCCCCUCUCUGAGGUCACAUACUGCAUAAUGGGAUAACCAUAGAAAUAGAAUUACUCCCGCUGGUCCACCCAUCACGGAACAUUGAAUUGAAUGGGGAUGCCCAUUCUAGUAAUUAUAUUUCUAUGGGGUUAACAGCCCAGCUCUAUCUGAAAUGUCAUCCUAAUACAGUAGCUUCUAACAAUGCUCCAUCCAAAUCCACUUUAACUCUAACUGUGUAAUAUACCGUGAUGCUCACUUAAACCUAACCUGAUUACUGGGACGUCAGCCAGGGAUGUGUACAGUGCGUGUGUUUUCUGUGUGAUCUAACCUCUUACGAAUAACCCUAAAACGAAUGAAUUUUUUCUUCUGUCCAAUUCUCCAUGCAUUACUCUUCCCUCUCUCUCUCUAUGGACAGUGGGUAAUCAGGUGAGAUAGGUGUCCCUUCAUGUUGCCAUGUCACCUUGUAAUACCCAUUCAGCCUGUUGGCCAUUUUCCUCUUCUCCUCUAUCCACGUGGCAUCAGCAUUUAGUCAUCUUUACAAAGCUGUCCUUAUUUUGGAGAGUAACGUUUGCUCAAAGGAAGUUAUAUGCCUUGGGGCAAAACAAACUGUAUUUCCAACCGUUUCCAAUAAUGUUUAUGUGUAGAAUGCCCAACACUGCCUAGGCCUCUAUGGUGUAGCCCAAUGCAUUGGGUGGAACCAGGAUGAGAUGAGACUAGGCCCAUUCAAACUACAAAUUCUUGUUUUGCAGUUUUGUACGAUGCAAAAAAAGUAAAAAAAAUGUCUCUUCACUCCAUUUGGGUAAAUCAGAGUAAGGCCUUAGUCAGUCUGGAACGGUCCAUUAGAUGGCACACGGGGAAGCAUUACUAAUUCAUUUCACAUGGUUUACAGAAGAGAAGACAUUGGACAAACCCACAGCUCUGAGAAAGUAAAGAUUGUCUGUGUUUACACAUAUUGUAAUGACAGUUGAAUGCAAACCUUCUAUGGUUCUGUGGCCUGUAGAUUUGAAGGUGGUAUUUGACCAGACUGAAUGCAUUAAUAUGAUCAAUCAUUGUGUUAUUGUUUACUCCUGUGGAAAGCAUGUCCCAGGCAGCUGCAUCACAUGGUGUCAUUGUGUGUUUUGAUCAUAUGGCUCAGACCUUUAAGAAAAUAAAAUGGUCCUUAAAGUGAUACUUCGGGAUUUUGGCAAUGAGGCCCUUUAUGUACUUUCCCAGAGUCAGAUGAACUCGUGGAUACCAUUUAUAUGUCUCUGCGUGGAGGAAGUUGCAAACUAGCUCUAGCGCAAUUGCUAACUAGCGUUAGCGAAACUACCUCUAACUUCCUUCAUACUGGACGCAGAGACAUAAAAAUGUGAAGUAUCCCUUUAAUGUGUCCCAUGUACUUGGUAAUAAUCGAGCCUCCUGUUCUUCUUCUCCUCCCGUCUUUUCUUUUCUCCUCCCUCUUCCACCUGUUUUCACCUCUUACUUGACACUCGCGUCCCUAUUCCCCCCCCCCUCCGGCAGACGUCUCAGCCAAGCCCUGGCGGUCAGUCUACAUGCAGCAGUGACCAGUCCCCCGUCAGCCCCUAUCCCAGCCGUGGAGUCCAGCUUGCUGUGAGGGGAGGGGUGGGACUAGGACUGGGCGAGGGACUGGGAGAGGAUGAGGAGCUGGAGGACGAGGAGGAGGGGUUGGAAGAGUUAGAAAUGGGCUGUGACGCCCCCAUCAUGGACUCCACGGUGUCGACAGCCACGGCGGCUACGUUGGCGCUGCAGCCGAGGAGGAAUGUGGGCCGACCCAUGAGAUGGAUGGAGCAUAUGAAGAUGGAGCGGCUGAAGCAGGUGAACGGAGGAGGAGCCCCCAUGCCCAGGCUGGGCCCCCUGUCACCCACACCGCCACCCAAGGGACCUGCCACGCUGCCCGCCAUCCUGGGGAAGGGUAAGGACCCACCAUGCUCAUAUCCACCACCCUGUCUGGGUCCUCUGAGGCUAUACACAAAGAAUAAUAGUGUUUCAUUACAGGGACUUAGUUAGGGUGUGAAGUGUGUUUUACAUGCUGUACUCCAUGGGCAUUCAAUAUCGGUAUUAAACGUCCCUGGAUGCUGUAAAGGCGAAUAGAUAUGUAAAAUAAUAUUGACGCUAGUAUUGGGUUGUAAAAAUAACUCCAAAUGUCUCAGCAGAUCUCGGUUUGAUUACUUAGAAUUUCGCCUGGCAGAUCGGACUUGAAUACACAGGCGUAAAAAAUUCUUUAAAUUCUCUGUUCCGCUGGAAAUCAGUAUCAAACCCAUAUCGUAUCACGCCAUAUAUCAUAUCAGUGAUUAAAGCAUGUAAUAUAAUUUCAUGGCCAAACUGUGCCAGUUGUGUUUGUGAGAAGGUUGCAUCUGUCUGAGGGAUCUCUCUUCACUUAUAUUGUGCUCAUCUUUCUCUCUAUCCCCGCUCUCUCUCUCUUUCUUCCCCUGCUUUUUCUUUGUUUCUCCCCCCUCACACACCUCCUUCUUCCUCUCUUUUCCUGUCUCCCCCUGUCUCCCCUCUCUCUCUCCCCCCCUAUCUUUCUCCUCCCCUCUCUCUCCCUCCCUCUCUCUCGCCCUCCUCAGGUCCAUACCUGGGCAGGUUAUCCCAGCCCCAGCCUCCCCCUCGUCCCGAGCUGGGCAGCACAGAGCUGACGGUGCUCAGCUUGCUCCGCAGCAUCGAGAGCGGUGACCGGCGGGACAGCAGUGGCAGCGCCACCAGCUCGGCCUACCUGAGCAGCAGCCGGCGCUCCUCGGGCAUCUCGCCGUGCUUCUCGUCGCGGCGCUCCAGCCAGGCGUCCCAGAGUGAGGCAGCCAACACCCCUAGUCACCACUACCGCCACCACAACCUCAGUUCCACCGACUCCUACGACCCCAUCUCUACCGACGCCUCGCGCCGCUCCAGCGAGGCCAGUCAGUGCGGGGGAGGUGGUGGUGGAGGAGGGGUGUUUGUGGGUGGAGGAUGGGCGGGUGUCGGGGGAGGGACCAAGGGGAUGCUCAACCUCACGCCUGCGCAGCACUACUACCUGAAGGCCAAGUAUGCUGCCGCCACGGGCGGCCCGCCCCCAACACCGCUGCCCAACAUGGAGUGCAUGAGUCUGAAGAACCGCAUGGCCAUGAUGGGCGAAGUCCAGGACGGCGGUGGAGGCAACUACGCUCUGCCCCCACUGAUCAGGCCGCGCCGCUGCAGCGACGGCAGCACCACCAACGGGUACGGGGGCCACGGUGGCUACCAAGACUACUGGCGGAGGGGCUUCUACCCCGGCGAAGGCCCAGGGAACGGCCCGGACCGGAGGGCCAGCGACCCCGUGCGGACCCACCCUCAGCAAGCACACUCUGAGUUCUUUGGGCUGCCCCAGGUCCAGUGCUUCAGCAGCCUCAACAACAUUCACCCUCUGCCCCCUCUCUCAGGCCUCCAGCACCCUACGGCGAAGGGCCGCAGCCUCAUUCUGCAGAACUACACACGCUCCGAGGUGAACUUACAGAGAGGGGGCUUGCUCUCCUCACCUUGCCCACCCAGCAUCAUGGAGAAUGCGGCCCUGGAGGCCCUGGCCAUGGAGGAAGAGGGAGCCCUGCUGCUGGGGGAUGAGGACAUGCUGCCUGACGACAUGGUGCAGUACCUCCGCUCACAGGACCAGACAGGCUCCUACAACAACCACCUGGAGAACCAGGUAGCUGGGGACAACGGCCAUCUCCCUGGGGGAGAGUUACAGGACCAGGGCUCAGGGCUUAACCAGUGCUUCCAUAGCCUCCAGCAGCACCAACAGCAGCAGGGACUGGAGAGAGAGAGCCCUAGUAAAGACGGCAUGCCCAUCCAGUGGAAUGAGGUGAGCUCAGGGAGCGCUGGGAGGUCUCCACAGAGGCAGCCCCAGGCCCAGUCCCAGCAGAGGUGUAGCCGAUGGGCCGCCACAGAGCAGCACCAUGGUCUGGCUGCCGGUUCGCCGUUGGGGAACAUGGUGGUGCAGCCGCAACAACCAUUCGCCAGAGACUUCCAGAACCAACGCUGUGCCCAGCCAGCCCAGUCCCAACCUCAGCCUCCAUGCAUAGUCAAUGGCGGGGUGAAGUUAGAGGUGACCACCCACUCCUGCAUGGAGAUGAGAGGGAACGAUCACAACCCCACACAAACCUUCGGCCGCCCUGACUUCUCCCAGAUCUCUCUGGGGCCUCUUCCACAGGGCUACGGCCAGCAGAAGUACCACAACCAGACCCAGAACCACAGAACCUCCAGGCAGAUCGGAGAAAACCUGCUCCUCAGCCGGGCCUCCAUGGACAGCCUCUCCAGCCUCUCCCCAGCACUCCACCACCACCCCCAGGCCACCGCAUCCCGCCUGCAGCAGGCCAACAGCAGGCACCUGGCCAGACCACAGCAGUACCUGAAUCUCCAACCGAGCACCACCAACGGUAGCCAUGUCAACCUUACCCAGCAGAACAUCACCCAGCAGCAGCAGAGUCUGAGCAACCAAGCCAGCCACUACUCCCUGGCCCGUCAGGUGUCCGGGCUGAAGCUGGAGGCUCCCGACCAGGGCUACCUGGAUCAGGGCUUCAGCGACCAGGCUGUGUGCUUUGAUCCGGUGGAGACCAAGGCCUCGUCCUUCCCUCCCCUGGAGGAGCAGUGUCUGCUGGAAACCAUGACCGAGCAGGUGGGGCUAGGCGGGGAUUCCUCUGUCCCGGCUUCCCUACUAUCUCCGGGUGCCGACCAGGUGACCAGUACGGUGGACAGCGGCGUGGGCGGCUCGGCCAACAUACUAGACGACGUGGUGGCGCUGGACUUCGGCGCCAUGCUGGAUGAUGUGGGGCUGGGCUAUGACCAGGGUAGUCUGGUAUCGGGGGUGAUCAGCCCCUCCAUCUUCCAGGGCCUGUCCCGGACCUCGUCCCGCCUCACCACCCCCCGGACCUCCGCCACCUUCCACAGCACCGCGGGCAUGGUGCCCUCCAACCUCAGCAACAUGGCCAUCGGGGACAUGAGUUCUCUCCUCACCACCCUCGCCGAGGAGAGCAAGUUCCUGGCCAUCAUGCAG